AACAGAUCUCUGCCCGUCGCCAUCGGAGUCAGUCACCAAAGUUUCAGGUCGGUCGGUCGGUCGGUCUGUCAGUCGGUUUAUGUGCUAGUGUUUGUGUUGAUUUCUCCGCACUACUCCGCUAGUCGGCCGUGUGCCAUACGAAGAAGCAGUUUCCCCCGUUCCCUUCCGGUUAAACGCUGCUGGCGUAGUCUGGCGUGGAAAAUUGAUCGAAGGAAAUUGCGGAAAGCGACGUACGGAAGCUCGGCAUCCACCCGUCAAUCGGUGAUAGUGGUUUAAAAGAUUGGUGAAAAGUGUCGGCAACAGCAGCAGCAAGUGUUUAGUCGCAGUUUGCGAAGAUUUAAAUAUAUUUAGCGUGAGUUUCGCUUUGCAUUCUUUUUUAUCAAAAGUAUAAACAAAGAAAAGGGGUACGACGUGCUCCGGUAGCAAAAGUUUUCUGGAAUUUGUGAGCGCUUCUACGGCUGAUGGUAGGUGCUGAUAAAACCGAGUCCAACGAUACUCGAUAUUUUGAGAAAGGUGAAAAAGUUUUCUCCUAAGCUAAAACGGUGAUAAAAGGAGUGAGAAGUGAAUUGCGAAAUAAAUAAUCACUGGAUGAUAGAUAACAAGAAGCAAAGUGCCAUUUUUCUCGUUUCGCUUCAUGAAUAUUUUGUCCAUGAAUAGAAAAAAAUUGUGAAAAAAGUUAAAAGUCGAAUAAAAUUUAAACUUAUUCCAGUGGAAGGUAAAAAAAAGCAAAUCAAAAUAGUUUAGCUACCAAAGUGGCAACACAUCUUCACUUUAUUGUAGGAAAUUCAUUGUGUCGAAGAUAAGCAGAAAAAAGUUUGAAAAAGUUGUGUAAGUCGGAUUGCGUAUUCCAAGAAAAAUUAAACCCGAAUUAUUUAUUGUUUCACAAGGAGCUAACGAAAAAAAUUGUUGUCUUCUAAGUGGAAUAAAAUAAGAGCAGAAAAAAGUUGUGCGAGUGUCAACGGCAAUUCAAUUUGUUUUCCGCCGCUGCAACCGGAAUCACGUGGAAUCCCGCUAUAUUUUUUUUCUGAUCGACGAAGGAGCAAAUUCAGCAGUAGUGUGAACGCGACGAAACGAAACACGAUCGAGUCGAUCGGUCAAUGCUACGGCACUAGCAAGAAAUCGAAAUCUUAAUUGGAUUAUAACUUUCGCCGGAAGAAGGUGGGAAACGAACUAGCCGCGUGCCAAUCGUAAAUUAGUAGUCGAUUGCCAAAGCGAGCGAGCAAGGAACAGAACGAUCCGGAAUCUAAGCCUGUUAGUGCUCACCAAACAUAAAAAAAUACCAUUGCAGCAUCGUAUUCAGGUGACUUCCUGCACGGUGCCCCCAACUUGCCCGAAACCCCACCAAUCCGAAAUCCCCUCAAAUGAUAAGCAUCGAUACCCCGGAUGCAAACAGCCGACUACAAUCGUUCCCCUCAUCAACGUCAGCGGCAGUCUCGACGGCCAUCGCACAGAACCGAUUCCCGGUAGAAUUGCCGACCGAGGAAAACGUUGCUUUCCGAUCCUGUACGCACGGCACCACCGCCACCAGUGCCACUGUCAUUGAUUCUACACCCAAUAACGACAGCAACAGCAGCGCCAACCGAGGGGAAACCGAAAACAACAAGAUGACCACUGCAGCGGCCGUCACCGCAGCAGCCAACAAAGCAGUCGCAGCUCUCAUGGAGUACCGGCAGAGGCAGGCUAUACAACAACAACAACAACAACAACAACAACAACAACAGCAGCAACAACAACAUCACCAGCAAAAUAAUAAUCACAUGGUCCAGGGGAUGGGGCCAUUUCCGGGAGCGGCCGGAUUCCCACCGACAAUGACACAGACCGGUCUCGCCACCGAUGGGCUAUCGAUGCAGAUGGUCAAGGGAGCCGGUGCAGCUGGUGGUGGAGGUGUGGCCGGCGGAGGUGGAGGUCUUUCGGCAGCAGUGGCCAUGACUGAACAUCCACUCACUAGUCUCAAGCAGGAACUCGGUCAGCACCAGCACCACCACCAUCAUCAACAGCAGCAACAGCAUCAACAACAACAACAACAACAACAGCAACAGCAGGCAGUAGCAGCUGUCGCAGCUGCUCAAUUGGCCAACUCACAGUCGCUCAGAAAUACCGUCAGUCAGUACAGCUCCCCAUCAGUAUUAGGCGUACCACCGGGAAGUGUUCCGCCGCCCACGUCGCUAGCGGCCGUCUCACUGGCGUCACUAUCGUCGGCGGUGACCAGUAGCAGUACAGCCAGUGGGCUGACCAGUAGUCCUGUGGCCAUUGGAACCACCGCCGGUUCCGGAUCCGGAUCCACAGCAGUCAGUGCCAUUACCAGCGGAGCGGGAAUCUCGAACGGAAUUGAACAACAGACUGUUAGUAUUAAGACCGAAUUAUUGCAGCAAACGGAACCAGAAACGCAAGUCUCAAGUGCCAACAACAGCAACCAGAGUAAUAACACACCGUCGGACCAGGCAAUGUCCGUAGCGGUGGUCAGUUCGAUAGCCGCCGGUAGUCCCACCAGUUGCAGCAGUAGCCCCGGCGGGGCCGGCAGCAGCUCCGGUUUGACCAGCGGUUGCAGUACCAUGACCACGACCGCUUCCGGAACGGUUGCACUCAGUACGGCCGUCCAGCAGCUGUCAGCUGUGGCAGCAGCGGCCGCCGCAGCCGCCCAAAGCCAAGCAGUUCAACAGCAACACCAACAACAACAGCAACAGCAGCAACAACAGCAACAACAUCAGCAAGCCCAGAGUGUGGCCGCAGCGGUGGCAGCCGCCAACGCACUGGCCGACGCCAAAGGACAACCAAAGCGAUUACACGUGUCGAACAUACCGUUCCGAUUCCGGGACCCGGACCUGAGGUCUAUGUUUGGGCAAUACGGAACCAUCCUGGACGUGGAAAUCAUAUUCAACGAGCGUGGCAGCAAGGGAUUCGGUUUUGUAACAUUCGCUAAUAGUAGCGAUGCGGAGCGAGCACGCGAACGUCUUCACGGCACUGUGGUUGAGGGACGCAAGAUUGAGGUCAAUAAUGCAACCGCACGCGUCCAAAGCAAAAAAGUUCCAGCAGUUUCAAGCGUUUUCCUGGCAAAACCUGGCGCCGUAGCGGCUCCUCAUCUGGCAGCGGUUUGCGUACCGUGGCCACCAGAAGGUUACCGUCUGUCGAUGGGUGCCUGGCCAUGGCUAGGAGCAACGGCGGCCACCGUAGGUGCUACGGGAGGUCCGACGGCGGCACAUUUGGCCGCCGCAGCAGCAGCAGGAGGUCCCACCACGGCCGCAGCACACGCGGCAGCAGCAGCAGCGGCAGCAUCUAAUCCGGCGGCGGCCGCAGCGGCAGCAGCAGCCGCUAAUCAGCUUCCGAACGCCGCAGCAGCGGCAGCAGCAGCCGCCUCGCCUCUGCUAAUGGCUCAAGCCGCACAACGGGCUGCGGUCGCCGCCCAACGGCGAAGUGUGUAUUUUGAUCCAUACCUGGCAGCAGCAGCAGCAGCAACAGCGGACCAAAACUAUCGUCUACAGGCAGCGAAACCAGUGACGGAGGUUCAAGCGCAACCGACUAUUUUGAACGCACAGCCGCUGCUUAAGACGCCGCUUUCUCAAGCCCAGCAGGCUUACAAUGCUGCUACCUACACGGCCGUAGCAGCCAGAGCCGCCUAUGGAGCAGCGGCCGCUGCACAACCGGCCGUAGCAGGAUACGCUACCGUUGCUGGAUACGGACGUGAAUAUGCUGACCCAUAUCUAGGUCACGGUAUCGGUCCGGUUCCCGGAUACGGGGCCACAAUGUACCGAGGAACCUACAAUCGAUUCGCGCCAUAUUAAAUUUAAGCUUAAAAUUUAUUACGUUCGAUCAUCUCGCUUAGGACGAAAUUUCUCUAGUUCUGCAAGCAAAUGCAAACAAACCAACAUAGAACCUGCGCUAUUAGCGCACUUCCACGGUCUCUGCUCGACAGAAACGAGCAGACGGCAAAACUGCGACAGGAAUCAAGGAUCAAUACCAAAGUUGUAGCUUACAAGCAUCAAGCAAGCAAGGCCUACAACAAAAUUAAUCUCAGUCUUAAUUUGUCUCGAGUAAGAAGCGGGGUAGGCUCCAGUAGCGAAACAAUUGCGACUGCCUUCGAUUGUUUCGAAUGGCACAACAUAAACUCUAAAACAGGACAAACAGUAACCGAUAAUCUCUCUUUCACAAAGUCACAAAGGCUCUCUCUCUCUAUCUCUCUAUCUCCUUUCUCAUUAUCGGUAUCACUACAUACGGAAUACCGUCUAUUUGCCCCUAGGAUAUAAGAUAUAAAGUUAAAGAAUUCUUUUCCUCACGGGAAAUGUAAAGCUCUUCAAGUGUUCGUCCCAGUCGGGAUAGAUCGACCACAAUGCUCCUCCAGCAACAAGAAUGAUAUUAGUUCCUUACACUUGUUUUUUUUUACAGCCAGUCCAGAAUCUUCCAGUUGUUAUCGAUUAUAGUUUUUCCACGAUCGAAAAUGCAGGUCCCAAGAACGUUUAGAUUUUGCACUAACCAAGAUAGAUAAAUAGAUUAUGUUUUCAAUAUGAAAUUACAUGCAAGAUUAGAAAGCAGAAGUUGAUAAAUAUCAACUUCUGCUUUCUAAUCAAUGCUUAGCAAUGUAGAAAUUACUGAAGUUGUUCUUUUUCUCGGUAUUUGGCAUGGCAGGUGCUCUCUGUAGGAGGGUUAGUUGCUCAAUAUUAAGGAAACAAAAGUGUAUUUUCAUAAUAAAUAAUUACCGAGUGAAACUGGAUGCGUAUGCGGAUUACAGCCUACAGGAUCACUGUGGGAUUCUAACUUCUGCAGUACUAGAAGAGAUCAGUUUGACAUUUCAGCUUGUUCUAGUACUGCUCGAGUGCUCUAGACCCUAACCAUGGUAGGUGAUGCGUUUGCGCUAGCACAAACCAACUCUAAGCGGAAUGAUUUUACAUUAAAAUUAUUCUAACUUACGAACCAACCUUCGUAGUGUAGAGAAUACAACAACGUAACACAAAAAAAAAAAAAACAAGAAACCAGCCAAAGUUAUCGACUAACGAACUAACCCGAGUUCAGUAUAGAACCCAACAACAGAUUCAAACAAGCCUGCAAAGUAUAGUCAGUAAAGAAACGUAGCUACCGUGAUAGACUCAUAUACUUAGUAUUCAGUGCAUCGAGCUAAUUCCCCCUUCCGGCUCUUCCAAAUCAGCAGUCGUCGACCCGCGAGAAAGUUUUCCACAGCGCUUCAACGGGAGCGAAUCGUAAAAUACUCAAAUACCACUCAAUACCACUGAGACUAUUGACUAUUGUUGACACAUCAUGCACAAAAGCAAAGCGAAUAUUAUUAUUGUACAACUUCUUCUCGAGAUUAAGAUUUAUUUCCUUCGCUUAAGUGCAACGCCCAACAACAACAAAAGCUCGAUUUGAAACAUAUCGCGAUUUUAGUUUACGUACAACUACGUGUGUGUAGGCAAGAAUUAAUUAAGGCGCAAAGCUGAUAUUUUCGAGUUUUUUUUAUUUAGUCAUACAAUAACUAGGUAUAGAGAUUGUAGCUGUUGCGUAGAAGCGUAGAAGGCGAAUACCGAGUCAUCAUCACACAGAAUGAAACCGAAUCAAAACAAAACACAAAUAGUAGUAGUUACACACAUAUUCUAUAAUCAGGGCAUUCUAUAGUUUUGUAAGAUGCGUUUUUAUGCGACGACCUAGUUAGGUUUACAGUGUUUUCACUAGUACUUUUACGGGAUUAUUUUAUUUUCGGCGAACCGCACUCUUCCUCUGGUUGUUGUGUCGUGUGAAUCUGAUUGGUCGAUUGUAAUUCAAUGGUGUUUUCAAUCUAUUUUUUGUACAUUCUUCAUUUUUACUUUUUUUAAAUUGAUGGGCAUUCAGUACAAUACUCAUUAUCCACUGUAUGGUAGCUGUUUUCAAAUCUAGGUGUUCGAUUGAUAAUGUGUAUGAAAGUUUAAUCACGUCUGUUAACUUUAGUUCGUAUUUGCUAAUCGUUUGAUCAAAUCAAAGUUGAUUUCUGACGGAAGGUAAAUGAAAAUGGUCUCCAUGGAUUGGAAAGUUGACAAGCGGUUUACUGUAGAAGUUCGGCAGAAGUCAUGGCAUGCCUCGUCACCAUCUCGUGACAGCAGUUUUUUAAGGGCAUGCGGUCCACAUUGAAAACAAACAAAACGGUGAUAUAAGGGUGUCUAAAAUAGGUCAAAAUACGAAAGGCCGAAAUAUAUAACCCCGACGAUGUUCUUAUCUAGGACAGAACCUGACAAUUGUUAAUCCACUUCUAGAACCAGUUUCGAACCAGCUCGUGAUUGGUUGAAAUUGACAUAAACAAGUACAAGUUGUUGAAGUUAAUAUUACUGCAGGAUGGUAGAAAAAGUGUUGUCAGUAUCGUCACUUGCAAUGUAGUUUGAUAUUGCAUAUUUUGGUUUUCAGAUCAUCUUUAAAAAAUUAUUAAUUUCAAUAGGAUCUACGUUCAAUUUGUUUAUAAGUCCUGUCAAUGUGGAAAGUAUGCGAGUACAUUUAACAAUCACUGGAUGAUACAAAGAGAAAGCCAGAAAUCACGAAGUGUGAUAUGGACGAGAAUAUUCAUUAUGUUAGUUGUACUUGAGAAUAGCACCAAAUCUUUGGAUACAUCUAUUUGUUAGUAUUUUUCUCAAAUUAAAUAUUUUGGAUACUUUGAUUAAAAAAGCUGCAAUAAUUGAAUACCCAAAAAUGUGAUUUAGAACAUUUUUAUUAAACUUUUUCUUUAAAACAAAUGUCUGAUCCAAAUAAAUUCAGAGCUAUAUUUUUGACUGAUAUAACUUUUGUCUAAGUGUUUUCAAAUGAUAAAUAAUCGCACGUCAUACACACUUAAAUUUUUUAGCUGAGUCUCGGCAAAAAAAUGCCGAGAUUCGCACAGCCGAGUAAUCAGCAAUCAUCUCGGCAAAAAUAAAAUUACUGAGCGUCUCGGUAUCCUAAAAUUUGACAAACGUCAAAUAUUGCCGAAAUCGUCAGCAUAAGAUUUACUGUUUGCUCAGUGAAACGUUCACUGAAUAUUCGGCAAUCCAAUAAAACGAAAAAAUGGAAAAAAUAAAUUACCGAAUCAUCAGUAAUUAAAAAUCUAGUCAAAUAAUUUUGUUUGUAUUUUCUCAACAUUAUAAACACGCCAUUCAGGAUAAAAAAUUCAUUUUAUUAACACUUAAAGGAGGCUUACAAAUUUGUUGCCAAUAGUGCUUAAAGCCUACCUGAAAACAUGUAGCAUAAAUAAAAAGCGGCGUUUCCAGAUGCGGCCACCUUGAGUCGAGCUGGAAAUAUGAAAAUAAAAAUAUAUAUUGAUUUUUGGCUUACAAAAAUGUUCAAUAUUUAAUGAUGCAUAUACGGUAUUGUUCAAAUAAACUUACCUUGAUCUAUUGAAUUAUUCCAUGCAUUGGGUUAUUUUUUCGCAUAUCCCCCAAAGUUUUGUCUCGAGGACGCUUUGAGACCCGUGUUGGGUGUUUUUCCCUUAUAAUCGCGAGUGCUCUGAUAAAGACGCUUUUUAUAAAGCGAAACAUGUCACUAUAUUUAUUCAAUAUUUUUACUUGCAAGUGGUUCCACGCUUCUUCGAAGAUUAUCCAUUUUUUCACUCGAGAAUUUCAUUAGAAAAUAAUCGCACAAUGCGAAGCGAAAAUGUAAUGUAAUGUAAUUGAUUUCUUUUACCUGAGCAGAAAAGAUAUUUAUUUAAAUCUGGCAUCUCUGCAGUGAAGUUUGUUAUUGUUUAUGUGAUGACAGAUAACAUUUUUUUUUCAUUAUUCCUCUCCCAACAACUGUCUUUCGUGAUCAAAUUUGUUAGUUCUUUUUCGCUGAUCUAAUUUUUCACCGGUUUUUAGCGUUGUAAAGUGCUGUGUUGGCCUAGAUUUUCUAAUUUCAUUUCAAAAAUUGAGAAUUCAUUCUAGUUUUGUUGACUGUGAACAAGGCAGCUAAGCCGAAGAUUUUCUUACAUAAUUCAGAAAGCCGAAACGAUUCUUUCAACAGGUUGAAAGAAUAGUUUCGGCUUUCUAAGUCGCGGUCUUUUGUGUUUUCGGCUUUCGUAUUUCGGCCUUUUGUAGUACUCCCGUGAUAUUCAAACGAGAAUCAAAUACUUCGCUCUAAAUCUUAUUAUGUAGUUUUCGCUUGAAAUAACUGAAACUGACACUUUUAAUGAAAGUGUGUUGGUUUCGCACUUAGCAACGGGCAUCAGAGCAAACCUGACAUAAGUGCCAGGCUCGAAACUGACUCGAUUUUCAGUUCAACAAUGUUGGAACUGGGUUCGAAACUAGCUUCAAACAAACGGUUUGACAGCAGUUAGGAUGGAAUCCAAUGAUGGCAACAAUUUUUGUUUCUGUGCAAAAUUUCCGGUACCAAGUUUUUCUGAGGACCGAUUGUCAACAGGUUUACUUGUGACAUAAGAAAGAAUAAGUCAAACAUUGGAAUAAUUCCUUUGGAUUUUCUAAUUAGCCUCUGAUAUGCAAGUUCCACGAAAAUGCUUCGGAGGCCUUCAAGCAAUCGGAAUCUUAGCAAUGGCCGAUAAAACGAUGAAUGUCGGCAUGCUCUCCAGCUCUUUCGUGGUCUUGUUGAUCUAAAAAAAUGAUGGAAUAGUUUGACGCUCGCUCAAAUUAUUUUCUUUUUGACAUAUUUCUGGUGAUGUUUUUUACCAGUACCUCCAGUCACUAUUCCUGGAAGAUUGCCUACUGCCCAAGCACAGCCAGUCUCGAUUGACACCUUGGUCUAUUUUAUCCAACUACUAUUGCGCCGUUAAGCCUUUUGUUCUGACCUCUCAACCUUCCUGUUUAGCUUUCUGACUUCAUUUAGGUUUUGUCUGAAAGGGAGAGGAAGUAACCUUUUGGAACUUGUAUCAGUAGUGACUAUUCCAUAGCUCACUUCUAUUCUUCACCUUCUGAACAAUUACUCGCUUUUUCUUUCACAUCUUCUAAAACUAUUUCCAAAAACCCAACGAAUUAUGCAAUCAAACAGUUAGCCGGACUUUGAACAGUUAGGAUAGCUUGAUAGCACCGAUGCUGAAUUCCACCAGCAAAACGGAUCCGACACUAACGAGAAAUCAGCGGUUACUGGGAUUUCUUAUGCGGGUACUCCUCGACACAAAACAAACAGCUCAAAUAAGAAAAUAACAAAAAAAAGAAACAAACGCGUAAAACAAUUGUGAAUUAUAUGUAAAACCAAAUUAUUAGAACGCUAACUAGAGUUAUUGUCUAACAAAAAAAAAACCGGUAGUAAGGGGACAGAAGGGUACUACACACAACUUAGGGUAGCCGAGAGUGGACGGACGAAUUCACUCAGAACAGAAGAAGCGCCGUAUCUCUAAGAACGCGCAAGCCAUAUUCGAUGUAAGUGUCAGACAAGUGUUUUGUUUUAUUACACCGUUUUAGUUUGUUAUAUUUUAACAUUUCUCUACGUAGACUAGAACUUUCAAGGUAGUGCAUAGAUAAACAAUUACAAAUAUAUAUAUAUUUCUAUAGUGACGAUAGAUGUCUAUGUCUCUCUUAGUAUUGUUCCCUUGCAGCUGAAGUCAUUGUUAAAUCGAGCUUAGUCUGCUUUCUGCAUUCGAUUUUUACGUGCAAGGUCGAUUUACUACCGCUCGGUUUUCCACGAAUCUCGUGACGGGUAGUGGCUUGGACAUUUGUUUCUAUAAUACAACUUUUCACCAGUAGCUUCCCUGUUUAAUGGAGAUUUGUAUAACCGAUAUGCUCGUGUGUACCAGUUCUGUAAAUAGUCGAGUGUCUAUAUUUUUGUCUCCCCAAAAUAAAACAAAAAAUAUACAAAAAAUAAAAUUUCAAUUCGAAAUCGUGGAAUGUUUUCCAUCUACAAGUUAUUAUAGAACAGCAAAAGCAUAGCAAACUAGAGCAGCUUGUAGCCGAUGGCACGAUUAAAAUUAAAAUGAAAUGGAACGCAGUAAGAAGUGCAGCGAUGUAGCUUCAAAUUAAACUCUUCCAGCGGAGACAGAACUUUAAGAAAUUCGAAAUACAUCACAUUUUCACACACACAAAAAAAACCCACGCAACAUUAAACAAAGAGUAAUCGCCAGGAAACAAGUAAGAAACAAAAUAAUUCGAAGUACGGUCUGAAUGAAGUUAAUAAGUCUAAAACGGCGAACAAAAACGCAAAAUAGUAAGCUCAAAUAUAUUGUCACAAAAUACAAAUAAUCUUAGUGCUUAGAAAAGUCAAUAAAAACAUUGCAAAAAAAAUAAAAAGCAACAAAAUAAAACCUAGUAAUAGUGGUAAUUUUAAACCCAAACGAGAAAGUCAAACACUUCUCAUUUUCGCCAAAUUAUUAUUACUAUAUGAAAAAGUAUAUUAAUUAUAAUAUUAUUAAAAAAAACUCUAAUCAUAAUGUUAUAGCAGGUAAUGUCAGCAAACCUAUGGAACGAGGAAACCAAAAUACAAACCUGUAACAGCUGUGUAGGCACACACAGAUAGUAAUGCAACCCAGAAUCAAACGAAUACUUCCUCAUUGACAAACAAGAAAAAAAAACCCCGGCAUCACUUCGUGACAUUGGACCAAACAUUCAAUCGUACCGAUGUCCGCGGUUUCACCAAAUAGAACGAUAAUAGAAACCAGUCACAUACUCUCACACUCACGAACUGCAGAUGAUCAAAAAAAAUGGACGAUUCUAAAUUUCUCGAUUCAGACAAAAACAAAAGAUACGAUUGUAACACUAAGGAAACUCUAAUCCUGUUUUGAACAUCCUCCAGGAACUAAAAGAAACAUUGAAAUUAUUAAAGAAAGUACCACAUGUUCUUCUUAUUUUGUAAUAAAAUCUCGUAAAAUGCCAAAAAAAUAUA